AUGUGGAUAGUGAAUUUUACAAGGUUGAAGAAGACUACAAUGGCGGAGUUACCUCUUCACAUCAUCGAGAACAUACUCUUGAGAUUACCAGUCAAGUCUCUGAUCCGUUCCAGGUGCGUCUGCAAAGCUUGGCGCACAUUAAUUUCCCAUCCCCAUUUCGUUAAAAGUCACCUCCGACUACCACAAACCCAAGCUAGAACUCAGUUUUGUACCCUAAACUAUGGCGAACCUGGGGACAAUUACUAUCUGGUAGUUGGAGCCUCUACCAAAGACUGCGAAGCAUUUAGCGAUGAUAACGGUGGGGCAUUAGCUUUUGAUUAUUUAUUUGAUAUUGGAGGAUUUAAAUACGAAGUCGUUCUUCUGGAUUCCUGUGAUGGGUUGUUGUGUUUAGUUGAUUUGGCAAAUAAAAUUGUCUUAUGGAACCCAUCUACCAGACAAUGCAAUCAAUUACCACCAAAUCCUAACGUUCUGGAUUUUCUUGGUUGCCAUGGAUUUGGGUAUGACUCCUUUGCCGAUGACUACAAGGUAUUUCUUGUUUCUAUGCUCAAUCCUAACUUUGAGACUGUGGUGGAUGUUUUCUCGCUGAAAUCCAAUAAAUGGAAAAGAAUUCAGGAAAAACAUCAUACUAGGGCUGCGCGCAUGUGUGCAACUGUUUUACAUGGGGCACUCCAUUGGGUAGCUUAUGAUCCUAUUCUGGGCUUUGAUACAAUCAUGGCUUUUGAUUUUGAAAAGGAGCGGUUCCGGGAGAUGGCAAUUCCGAGAGAAGAAGAAGAACUAUAUGUAAAGUUGAGGGUUGUAGGAGGAUGCCUUUGUGUACAUGGUUCUAAAGAUCCAAGCAAGAUGUGGGUUAUGAAAGAGUAUGGUGUUGACACAUCUUGGAGUAAGAUGGCUUCCCCAUAUAACAGUCUUAGGAAUAACUUGAAUGAAGAAUUCAGGUGUGAGUUGUUACACACUCUGAAUAAUGAACAUAUGUUGCUGGUCAACAAGGAAAAACUAAUGUUGUGUGAUCAGAAAGAAAACACAUACAAGAACAUUAUGCCUUACGGAAGGUGGUUCCGACAUGAUGCCAACUUAUACGUGGAGACUCUUGUUUCACCUCAUCCAUCACUUUAAAGUGAUAAUGGAGGACAAAAAACCGAAUGAUA